AUGAGUGAUGAUGAAGAAAAGGAAUUUAAGCAUAAAUAGAGAUAAACUAAAUAAUAAUUGUAUUAAUUUAUUUAGAGAGAUGAAUUUAAUCUAAUCAUAGACUGUAUCAAUAUGUCUAUUAGUUUUAUUUUAAUAUUUGUUUACAUAUAUUCAACUUAUGAACCAAAACCAUUUUAAAAUGCUACAUGGGCUGUUUUUAAUACUAUCCUUCAUCUUUUACUUUUAAGUGAAUGGAUUUUCAAAUUAUAUGCAACUAAAAAUUUUUAAUCAUUUAUUAUGUCCUCAGAAUCAAUAAUCGCAAUUUUAUCAUUGUUUCCUUAUUUUAUUAUUAAAAUUUCUACUCUUAAAUUAUUCAUUGAAGAUGAUGAUAAAAUUAAUAUGUUCGCUAACUUAGUAUGUCUAUUUAGGGGACUUGAAUUUGACCGAAUGAAAAAAUAUUUAGAUUCAGAAGUUAAUAAGCAAUUAACAUCGAUAAUGAUUACAACAGCAACUUUGGUCCUUUGUGCUGCAGGUGCUUUGCAUUUCAAUUCUCUGUUUUUAGAGACUGUAUUGCAUUUUAAAUUUCAUUACUUUAUUUAUUUUGUAAUGACUACUAUUUCUACAAUGGGUUAUGAGAAUAAGUUUUCGAGUGCAAUAUCAAGAGUUUUAAUAAUUAUACUUGUCCUAUUGGCAUUAACUUUUGUUCCGUAUUAAACUGGACAAUUAAUCCGACAUCUAAGCUCUAAAUCAUACUAUGCUAGAUUAAAUUAUAAAUCAAGCCAAGCUGUUCCACAUAUUGUUAUCUUAGGAACAAUUUCUUUGAAUGCAGCUGAAAACUUUUUUAAAGAAUUAUUUCAUGAAGAUCAUGGAUUAGCAUAAAAGCAUGCAAUUAUUUUAUGUCCUUAAAGGCCAGAUGUAAAUUUAGAAUCUCUAAUUUAAUAACCAGAGUAUUCGAAUGUAAUUUACAUUUAAGGCGAUCCUCAUUUAGAUAAAGAUCUUAAAAGAUGCUAAAUAGAAAAAGCGAAAGCAAUAAUAAUUAUGUGCAAUAAAUAAAGUUCUGACCCAACAGCUGAGGAUAGUAAAACAAUUUUAUUAGCCAUUGUAAUUAAAAGCUAUUUAAAGCAACAUAACACUACAGGAGUAAAAAUUAGAUUCUGUAUGCAGAUUUUAAGAUAAGAAGGUAAAACACAUUAUUUUUUAUCUUUAAAUAAAUAAACAAAAUUUGAUUAAGUGAUAUGCAUUGAGGAAUUAAAGAUGUCACUUCUUGCAAAAUCUUGCUUGUGCCCAGGAUUGAUUGCAUUCAUUUCAAAUCUCAUUACAUCUUCUGGAAAUCCCCCUAAUCUUCCUUAAAAAUGGUUAAAUGAAUACUGGAUUGGUUAAGGAUUUGAAAUUUAUAAAACUUUGCUUCCAAAUUUUUUUCGAGGUAAAUCAUUUACACAAACUGUUUUAAUUUUAUAUAAAUAGUUUCAAGUCAUAUUAUUUGGAAUUGAAAUAUCUUCUCCAAAUGAUUAUGAGAAAAAUUUAUUAAACCCUGGAGAUAUUAUAUUACCAUCAAAUCCAAACUACAGAGUUAUGGGUUAUAUAAUAUGUAAGGAUAAAGAAACUGCAGAUGAAAUUUCCAUAUAUAAAUAGAGUCAUCAAGAUAAAAUGAAUUAAAUAAAAUCAGAUGGUACAACGAGAAGAUUAUUGGAAUCAGAAGAAACAGUAAACAUUCGACCUAGACGGCCAACAAUCUUUCAAAAUGUGAAAACUCUUUUUGGAUUUUCCUAAGCAGAACCAGAUUAAAAGAAGGGAAAUACUGGUAAAAAUGAAAAUUCAAAAAAUGUUAUUCUACAUCUUAAAAACUAAAGAGGUUGGGUUAAAACUGAUAUGUUUGAUCCAAGUUAAGACACUCUAAUUCAUCCAAAAGAAAACGAAAAAUUUGAUUAAUUAGAAGAAAUUGAAGAAAACAGCGAUGAUUAGUAAAAGGAUAUAGCUGAGAUGUAGAUAAAAGAAAAAUUCUAGAAAGAUACAGCUAGAAAUUGGCUUCAACUCGAUUUUAACAAUAAUAAAAUUGAAAAGACUAGUCAUCUAACAAAUGAAAAAGUUGGACUCAAAGAUGUUACUUUUAAAACAUUAUAAGAUUCAAUUUUAGCUUAAAAUCAUGUUAUUCUUUGUGGACUCGUUGCAAAUUUAAUUAAUUUUAUAUUGCCACUUAGAUCUAAAUAUUUAAUAACUUACCCUCCAAUCGUAAUUUUGAAUGAUUAGGAGCCAAGUGAAAAAUAAUGGGCUCAAAUUUGUUAUUUCCCAGAAAUAUAUUUUGUUAAAGGUACAGCAAUGAGUUAAAGAGAUUUAAUAAGAGCAAACAUUGAAUAAGCAAUUAGAGUAGUGAUUUUAUCUCCAAAAGAAAUAUCUACUGCCAAAUUUGAGGAUGAUUCUCAAGAAAAUGAUUAGAUAGUUUAAUAAUAAUAAUUGACUAAAGAUCAGGAAGAUUUAUUGGAUGCAAAAACCAUAUUUAAAUAUCGAAAUAUAGUUAGAUUAAAACCUCACAUUUAAAUUGUUACUGAAUUUGUAUCCCCUUCAAAUAUUUAGUUUUUAUUAUUUGAUAAAGAUUAUGAUUUAAUGAAAUAGUAUGGUUAUAAUCACACACCAUUGUUUGCAUCUGGCUAAAUUUAUUUCUCCUCAGUGAUGGAUGGUCUUCUGUGUUAGUCAUUUUACAAUCCUGCAUUGGUUUAAGUAUUAUAUUAAUUACUGGUUGGUAAUAUUAAAGAAAAUGAAAAAACAGGUGCGAUGUUAUAAUAUCAAAGCAAAGGAAUGAGUUAAUCAAAAGAUUUUACUUCUGAAGAUAAAGAUAUAUCAAGUAAUCUAUUUCAAAUUCCAGUUCCAAAGGCUUUUUAAAAUAAACCAUUUUAAAAAUUAUUUUAUCAUUUAGUUAAAAUGAAACAAAUAGUUCCUUUAGGAUUAUAUAGGUUGGCAGGAGCAACAGAUAAUAAAGUUCCUUACAUUUGCACUAAUCCAGAACCUAACACAAUAUUAACAAAUAAAGAUAUAGUUUUAGUUUUGGCUAAGGAAAUGCCUUAAUCAGAUUGUAAUGUUUAAAUUUAAAUUAGCAAUAAAUUGGGGAGGACCGUUAGAGGAAAUGAUCCAACAAUAAAAAUAGGCCCAUAACAUUUAUAAGAAGAAAGAAUCUACUUCAUCAAGUGAAGAUAAUGACUUAAUAUAAAUAAAUGAUAAUAAUGAUAAAGAAGUGUAAAGAGCAAAGUAAUAUAAUAAUGAAACAGAAUAAGUUAUGAAAAAAAUAUAAAAUGUCAUUGAAGAUGUGUCAAAAUUAGAGAAAGAAUCAUUAGAUUUUUAGAAUAAAAUGAGAGAAAGGCAAGAUCGAAUUUUAGCAAGACUAAGAGAUGUAUUUAAAGAAGAAUUAUUACAAUUUUAAUAGAAGAGAGCUGAAGUUUCAUAAAACUUUACGUAUAAAAGUUCAGAUGAUUGA